UUUCGUGAAAUCAGUAUGAUUUCGACUUUGAGCACAAGAAAGUGUAAUUUUUACAUAACUUAUCAUUUUUACAAGUUAUCAUCAGCUUCACAUAUUUGAAGAUUUAUCAAAAGACCUGACACAAUGGCUGUUAAGACUUUUAUGCUGUUUUUAUCUGGAUUUGCAUUGUUUGCUUCAAUUUCGUCAUUUCAAUUUCGACAUUCGAUUUCUAAAUUUCAGGAUAUAAACAUGUUUAACAAGAAUGGAAUACUUCAAUGUGAUCAAACAAAGUGUCCUAAUGGAACAACUUGGUGUCAUAUUGUUAAGAAAAAUUCAGAAGAAAAUCCUUCGAAAUUAAAGCGAGAAAAUAUUUGCUAUGAUGGGACUAAUAAUGUUUUAAAAGAAAAAAUAUGGACUGAAGAAAAUAAUGGAAAGAAAAUUGUUGAUAUAAAAAUUGAUAUGUUUGCAAAUGGUGGUAGUUCUAUAAUAAGUAAACAUAGUUCGAGUAAUUCUUUUGAAAAUGAUAAUUAUGAUGAUUAUAUUGACGGUAAUAUAAUAAGUCGUGGUUUUGAUUUUGCCGGUAAUUUUAUUGCAUCGAUUUUUAGAAGAGUUGGUUCAAUUUUUGAUUUCUUUGAUGAUUUUUUCUUUUAAAAUAAAUAAAAUAUAUAAAAUAUAUAAAAUUUGAAAAAAGUGGGGCCCUUUUACUAUCAUAUACAUAAAUGAAUGUGAAAGUAACAUUUCUUUAUCUAAUAAAAAAAAAUAAAAUUUCAAGUGUUUAUGAAGCCUAUAGGCCGAAA